AUGGCGAGCUCUCUCAAAGAGCCUUUCUCUCUCAAACUCUUACUUUUCCCUGUAGUUCUGAUACUGACCAGUGUCAGGGAAAAGAUAACUGUUCUGACUCCCUGUGGCCAUCCUAAUAUGGAUAUUCAUACAAGGCGUAGUCCAGAUGUGCUGAACCUGGUACAGCUCUGUACUGCUGCAGGAGGACUGACUCAGAAGGAAGAUGCUGUUGAUGAGUUCAGUUUUUUUGCAGGAUUUAUUUUGCUCUUGCUCUCUCAUUGCACUGCGUCAGUGAGCACCAAAGAGGCGGUGGUCUUGGCUAAUGCCCACCUUCUCUCCCCAAAAGGCUAUGAGAGCCUGGGUAACGCCAAUGAAAAAGGUACUCGUGAAGAGAACUAUCCAGCGGAUUGUUUUGAGAUUUUUCAGCGCUCCAAAGGAAAUUCCAGAGACGGUCUUUACAUCAUCCAACCAAAGGAAGACCCAAUUGUUGUCUCUUGUAACAUGCAGGAUGGUGGCUGGACAGUAAUCCAGCACAUUACAGCCAAUAGUACUGUUGACUUUGAUAGGACCUGGCAGGAUUACAAAUACGGAUUUGGCUCUGUUCAUGACAACCACUGGUUAGGAAAUGAAUAUAUGCAUCAAUUAACUAGUGGCUCCACACAAUAUAUACUUGGAGUUAAACUUGUAAACCUAAAUGCUGAAAUCAAAUGGGGACAGUAUGAACCAUUCCUGAUUGAAGAUGAAGAGUCUCAAUACCGAAUCAGGGUUGGACUAUACAAAGGCAACGCCACUGAUGCUCUGACCCUGGACACAGAAGCUUAUCUCCAUGACAACCAGAAGUUCACCACCAAGGACAGAGACAACGACAAUUUCUUUCAGAAUUGUGCUAAAUUGGAACACAGGGGCGUUCCUGGGGGAGGCUGGUGGUAUGAUGCAUGUGCUGGAGCCAAUCUAAACCGUAGGAAUGUGAUAUACUGGCAGAAGGACUGCAACAAGCAACGCGUGUGCAAGUUUGCAUGGAUGAUGAUCAAACCCAUUGACCACAGCCUGUCAUAUCCAACCAAGUCCUGUCCAUGUCAGAAAGUCGAACUGUAG